UGUAAUAUUCACUUCAAAAAAUGAGUGAUUUAGAGAUUAAUAUUUAAGGACUACAUCUGAAAUCGAUGGAUUGAUUCUUCUUCUUCUUCAAAUUUUCUGUAGAUUUCUACAAGUUUGAGGAAACCGAUUGGUUGAUUCACUCUCUCUCAAGGUAUUUCUCGGCUCUACAAGCUGUAUUGUUCGAUGUGAGAAAAUCGAAGACGAAAUCGAUGUAUUUGGUAUAUCUAUGACAGAGAUCUUAAGCUUCAUUAUGAUUUCUACAAGUUUGAGGAAAUCAAUUGGUUGAUUCACUCUCUAUCAAGACUUCUCAUGCAAAAUUGGGGUAGAGGUCCCGGCCGUCGUGGCCGUGGACGUGGAUUUCCACCUCCACCUACAGACUUUCCUUCCCUCCUGGGAAUCUACAGUAACAAAGGGGAAUCUAGCCAGACGGUUAAAGAUGUCCUCCUAACUCCAGAAACUUAUUUCCAGAAUUCCAUUACAGAAGAAACUGUUCUUUAUAUUGAUACAGCUGAUAUCCAAUGGGUUUCUGAUCCAUGGGAGGUUAAGAAACGCUAUCUUGCUACUCAAAAUAGCCCUCCACAUUUGGAUACUUACCGAUAUGUUUAUGAACAAAUUCUGACUGAAUUAGCUUCUGUCCAAUUCCAGCAUCAUUAUGCCGAUUCUAAUCGUACUGCCAGUCCAAUUAAUUACAGUAAAGCUACCAUCCAGUCUAUCAUGCCCAUCCAAGCCUGGGGUAUUCAUCCCCAUGUUACCCGUAGUCUUGAUAUCCGUUACAGCUAUUGGGAUUAUAUUACUGCUUUCACCCAGACUUUCUAUUAUAUGAACCCUCCUCGUUCUCACUCUUGGUUCUUUCGGGUUCUUCCUGAUGUCCUUAAAAAUGAUCUCCCCUCUUGGUUUCUUAUUUGGUGGGAUACCUUUGGGUUACAGCUCGAUGCUUUUCCAGAAUAUGUUCGCCUGGCCUUUAAUGAAUGGCAAGCCAUUUUCAGUAUUCUUCCAGUUAAUAAAAAUAUUUCCAUGUCCAAAUGUCUAAUACAUUUUGUCAUUCGCUUCAGUAUUCCUUGGAUAUGGAAAUGGGAUUUACAGUGCGAUUUCCAGAAUAAAGUUCCUCGUUUAAAAAGAGUUUUCUUUUAUAAAUGGUGGAAACAGAUGGAUGAUACAAAAAAUAAGCAAGACUUGCUCCAGCGAAUCAAAGAACACACUCAAUCCUGCCUAGAUGCCUGUCCAAAAACAACUCCAGUCAUUCCUACCAAUCCUUUUAUUCAAAUCCAGCAAGAGCUUCGACGUAAAUAUCCAGAAAUAACAGAGGAAGAACUUGUUGCCAAAAGUAUGGAUUUCAUGAAGCAACAAUUUCUUGAGUCCAUGGCCCCUAGAGACUCUAGCAUGAAGUCAGCCUCCAGUGAGGGCGAAAAAACUCAACCUGACCCAUAUUCAGAUGAUGACAAUACAUUCACACCUCUUGCAGGAGAAUCUCAAGACCCGAAUGAAGAUCCAUCCGAUCCAGAUUUUGGUGAUAUUUGGGACUCCGUGACAGAACUAAUUACCGACAAACUGGUACGGGCCAAAGGAAAAGGAACACGAAAUGACAAAUAAUGCGUCUUGCCCACCAGUCCUAUUCUGUCUAUCAUUUACUUUCCAGCAUCACUAGUGGCCAAAUAACUUUCGGUGCAUAAUGCAGCCACUUUAUCUACUUUUCUUAAAGUAGAUUCCUUGCCGACAAAGCUAAAGAUAAGAGGAUAAGGAUGAUCGAUUGCAAACCAUUCAGCACACGCCACCUGUCCUUGUUAUCUGUUCAGUUUGCAAUAUAAAUAGGUAGCCCUUGGUUUGUAAGAGGCACCACUAGAAAAAUUUUAUUUUUCCUCGCUUAAAACUCUGUACUCUCUCUCUCUCUCUUUCAGGGUGAAGCUUUUGAAGCAUAGUAAUAAUAUAUCUGCUGGUUUAAGUAAGUUAUCUCUCUAUGUAUGUCUGUAUAUGAUCUUAUCCUUUUGCAUGAUAUUUUAGCAUUUCAUAACGAACGAAAGAAUAAUUUCAUAAAUACAUACCUUGCUUUGUGGCCUAAUGAUCCUUGGGCAAAGCAAGAAUUAUUAGAAAUAAAUAGAUUGAUUGCCCUAACUGAAAAUCAAAUACAGGAAGCCAUCAUCGCAGCCGCAAGGGCUAAUCGCCCUCCUCCUACAGAUUAAUUUAUUCAUGGACCAUAUAUGAUGUAAUUAAAUUUAACUAACGUAGGAUUAUUUUUUGUAUUAUUCCUGGGUUUGUGCUAUAUAAGGGUUAAGCAUUUGUGUUAUAUGUUAGUGGGACGUCACUCAAGUCGCGUAGCCUUGAUUGUCCAAAACAGCAGUGAGCCGGUGCGGACUAGUUGGCAUAAGUCGUUGACAGACGUGCUAACCUUUAACCCUGGUGUCACGCUUAUUGG